AUGGCCUCCGCAAGAGCGCUCCAGCUGAUCGCGGCGUUCGCGGUGACGCCGUGUGCGGCUCUCGUCCUCCCCGGCUCUCGUCUCCUUUCGCCGUCAGCGCGUCACUCUCCCGCAUGCGCUUCCGACGCUGCGCCGGUUGACGCCUCACUGCGGCAGCAGAUGAAGGCGUAUCUCGAUCACUGCAGAGCCACGGGCCGCGAGCUGACCUCUGAGCAGAAGGCAAUGAUUGCCGAGAUCGAGAAGGACGAGGCGCUCCUCGACCAGACCGGGUUCGUCGACUUUUCGAAGCGGAUGCGCAGGCCGCUGUCGCUCAGCGGCUGCCGCGACGCGCAGCAGUGCUGCGCUUGCGAGGCGACCUCUCGCUGGCACGCGGGUUCUCUCGCCGGCUCUUACGCCUAUCGCGUUUUCUUCCCGGCGUCGUUUUCAUCUGUUUACGUACCCAACACGAAAAUAAAGCGAUAA